GAGCACCGUUUUGUCUCUAAAUGUCUCUUCUUACCCUUGAAAGGUCUACUUGCUUUCUUACUGAUUGUGGAAUCAUCAGCCACCAGACUAGCUCAUGAGGGCAUGGACAGUGGAGAACUUCAUCUGAGCGAUAUGGGAGGUGACCUCUUUAAAAGGGGCAUUAUGAAGAUGAGAAUUGGGAAACGAGGCUUCGAUUCGGGCUAUGAAGAUCUGGCAGACGAUUCGGAAUCGGCCUACGUCUACAUACCGGAGGGAGUGAUGCGAGCGGCCCUGAAACGCGCGGGCAUCCGACGCAUGCGCAUGGGAUGA